AGUGGCGAGACGGUGAAACGCGAAUAGAGGGCAUCCUAAACCUUACGGUUUUGUAGCAGUCUCGCGCAUGUGUGUAUGUGUGUCUGCAUGUGUGUGCUAUUUGCAGUCGUUCAGUGCUGCCAAAGCAUUUUGAUAUUUCGGAAUAAUACUUUUUUUUUUCUCCUCCUCUUGAAUUAUUUUUGCAGACAAGUUAGGCCUGUGGUACUGAACGGGACUAGAUCUAUAAUAACCGCUUGAGUAGAACAAAAAUAUUGCAAUGUCAAUGACCUAGAUUUUCUGGAUUCUGAUGUGUGAUAUUUUUUUUUUAACCGUAUGUGUUUCUCGUUCUUCUGGCUUAACCGCAACAUAGUGUUAUGUAAUAUGGUGGUAAAUCUAGACCUAGACGUCCUAGAUUUAGAUCUCUAGAUCUAGCUCUUUGAAGACGACAACACAGGAUGAUUUGUGAGCUAAAGUGAUUAAUUUUAUCAAGACGUGUGAUAUUCAUUACGACACUACUGUGAUAACUGGGGGAAAAAAAGGCUAUUGAAACUAGUCUAGUCUAGAUCUACUUUUUAAGCUGCUGCACUGUUAGGUCAGGCUGGCAAUACUGUACCACCAUUUUGUUUGGCACAUCAAUAGUGAAGUCGAAACUCCAGAGUAAGGGAUACUUUGCCCAAUUUAGUGAGCUCUCACUGUAGCAGGCGGCCAGUUUCAUUUUGGACCAAGUAUGACCUCAUCAUGGCCACGUGGAUGUGAUCUCCACCAUCAAGAAAGAUGUCGCUACCCCCAGCACUAAGUCCGCUGGACAAGAGAAAAUACAGUCGCCAUCUAUGAAAGUGUUCUUUUUUUCUUUUAUCAUUGAACUAAAGACGAGAGUGUUACUCAAACGACAAGAAGAGGGGAGGCCCCAAGUAAGUGUCCACUUCGCGGAUGCUUGGCGGGUGGGGCGCUGGGGCGUCGAGCGUUCAGAACCCAUGAGCCGAGUGACAGAGGAUGAUCAGUUGCUCUGCAAGGCUAUUGGCUACCCGGCUAUUGGCUAUUCGCUGUUACCUUUUCACGCUUGUUCUCUCUUCGGCGGUCUUCUGCACACCUGUCCCCGCUGGUCAGAUCCAACCCACUGGUCAGCCUUUAUCUUCUGAUGCAAACAACACAUUACACAAAGGUAAAUGUCAAUAUGAAGUAUUUGACCCCAGUUCAACUAUAGAAGCGGAGUCCUUUAAGUAUCAGCACCUGGGCUGCGCCCAUUGUGAGUACACCAUCCGGGCUCCGGGCAGCCUGGUCAUUUUGCUCAACUUCACUGACAUCCGCAGCCUGGCUGACAUGUCAGUAGAGCCUGGUCAGCAACAACACCAAGAACAACAUCAGCAGGAGGCCACACGUUCAGACACACCACCAGUGCUCGGCAGAACCCACCCUAGGGGCGGCUCUCAGGAAAGCAGCUCCACAAUCCCGACAGCCUUUUCCCAUCGCUCGUCCGCGCCCAGCACCGGCGUCAUCCCCGCGGCGACGUCAGCGACUUCAGCGUCGACGUCGCGCCAUCACCAGAGACACAACAACUCGGAGAAUCUCUCCUCCCACGCCAGCGAGAUUCCGAAAGGAACCAAGGAUUCCCACUCGAAUUCGUUCGAGAAAUUUGACUCGCACAAGGAUAUACAAAUUAAUCAUCGUAACGAAGCCAACGGUUCAAAGGUCGGGGUACUGAGCGAUGCUGUGAAAGCUCACGGUGCGGUCAAGCCAAACCCCGUGGACCACCCUGUAUCAUUCAACGGUUUAGUCUCCCAUUCCCCUUUCGACAGUCAGCCAAAAGAAGGGGCUACUGCAGUGACCAACCACCAUCAAUAUUCUAGUAUUGGACUUAACAACAGGAUAUCAGAUCACCACUGUAAUUUAAAGAUCAUAAUAGAAGGUCUGAACAGCUCAACCAAACCUCAGGUCAUCUGUUGGCAAAAUUCCUGGCAGAGGAAAGUGCCGCUGGUGUACAGAUACAGUGUUCCGGUCAAGCUGACCUACAUCUGGGAUGCUUCCAGACACAGCGGCUUCUCACUGCACUUGAGUUUCUUACAGGAGAAAGCAGACGUACUGUGCGAGUUCCAGUGCACCAAUCACCUGUGCCUAUUGGGGGACCAACUAUGUGAUGGCUACACCGACUGCCCCGAUGGCGCUGAUGAAGACAAGAGCACUUGCCAUUUGUCCCUGCAUGGGGAGCACCAAGAUUCAUCUAAAUUAAGAAUAAUUAUAAUAGUAACUGUGAUUUUAGUGAUUAUUGUCCUUGUCAGCAUUCUCAUGAUUAGUCGCCGACAACGCCUUGGAGGGCGCCGUGGUCGGGGAUCACUCCUACACCCGCCCCACUCUCAAAGUACAGAGGUAUUCCGCUCAACAUCUAGCUCCAUGUUGGAUAGUGGUCAGUAUGAUGCCCUUGUCCAGGACUCACAGCGCCACCAAGAUGCAGACUCCAUCGCUCACUGCUCGGAGAGUCAUCAUCUACUCCAGCAGCAGCUGCCACCACCGUCCGGCCUGCGCCACACGCCGCCACACAGACCCCAACACAUGUGUCCUACAAACUUGCAGCGGGAGUCUACCCCAGGGGAAGGUGGCUGGCAGGUGAGCCACCACCUGGAGGUGUAUGUGGAUAAGCAGCAUCAACACCCGCACAGACAGCAACGGAAGCAGCCGAGCCCCCAGGAGCUCUAUCCUCCCCACAUAGCUAUUUCGGGAGACGGGGAGGAAGGAUACACCUCUGCACAGAAAUCACUUCAGUCCAAGCAACAACUGGUCAGGAACUGGCAGGAAGAGAGUGGGGUGUUUCGCCCCCCUCCCAACCGGACCAUCUACGACUGCGACACACCUCCCCCGCCAUACUCCCUAUCCCCUCCCGGGGUGAAGAGCUUGGACACUGAUGCUGGAGUGGUCAACCCGCUGCGGCCGGUCCGUGGUUCCCUGACUCCCCAGAGCUCCCCGACGUCCCGAUGUCACAGCCUGUCCUGCCACCAUUGACGCCAGUGGUUGGGGGCGCAUCGGUCAGCUUCCUACAAAAUAAAUUUGGACAUUUCUAUGGAUGUGUUGCACUCUGUUGUCAAACAGUCCCUUGUGAUAUUCGGAAGCAGGCACAGGCCAAUGUGAUUUCAUUGCUUAAUUAUUAUUAUUAUUAUUAAUAUUAUUUUGUUUUUGGAGUUAGCGUGAGCAUAUUUUUGUUUUUAUGUUCUAGUACCAUGAUGUCCUUCAUUGACUUCACUAGAGUUACCUUCCCCUGUUCCUUGAGAACAUUGUACACAGCCUAGAUUCGUUUAACAAAUUGGGAGUUUAAACAAUAACACAACAAGUGUGAAUGCUUGAUGAAUACAAACAAUUGUGAAUGCUUGAUGAAUACAAACAACAAUUGUGAAUGCUUGAUGAAUACACAUAAAAUGUGAGUGACUAGUGGAGAGCAUACAUGCUAUUACUUUUUACACAGCCAGAUGUGCAAGCAUUUUUACAAUCAAAUUCUCUUUGUAACCUGGCCCUUUUAUGUGUGUCCUUUUUGAAUUAUUUAAUAAUAAAAAGUGAUUUGCUUUUCUGAUCAUUAAUUUAUAUGUAUAUAGUUAUAGAGAGAGAUAUCCAACAGUUGUUAGAAGAGUACAAAAACAUAAGAAUCAUUUGAUAAGUUUUUGUUUUUGUUUUGGUUUAAGAAGAGUAUAUCUCAUGUGUGUUUGGUCUCAUUGGAUUCUGGUGGGCGUUUUGAUUGAAGUGAAGAUGCCGGCCUGGAAUUAGCAAUGUUACACAAACACACACAGAGCUAAUGUUGUGAUCAUCUGUUCCUAAAUCUUUUUUUUUUUUUUGUUGACAAAGUUUCUUGUGUGAGGCAGUGAGAAAUCCAGAAGUCUCUAGUCCCAAGAAAUAACUCUGUGGAUUGAGUAUGUGGGUUGAUGUAUCAACUAUGAGUUGGGUUUAAAAAUGUUUUAUUCAUUUAGCCGUUGCUGAAGGGAUGCUCUACUUUAACGUGUCUUCUUGUUCGUGCGGUAUGCACGCUGGACUGUCGUUUGGUUGUCUCGAUAGUCCUGGGUUCAUACACUGCCUGCUGCCAACCCCCCGUUGUCCUGUGGCAGGUUUGGUCUAGGAAGUAAAUUAUCUUUAACUCUGAUGGUACAUCCGAAAUACAUAAAACACUAAAAACCUGUCAAAUGUGCUUAAAAAGGGGGCAAUUUUUUUUCCUCUAUGAUUUCCAAUUUGUAUCCUAGAUUGAUAAAUCUUGUGAUAAAUUCAGUGAUAUGGGUUUAAAGGCACUGUGGAUCUUAGAAACAAUUUGUCUUCAGGAAGUUUCAUAAUGAGUUUGUCCUGAUCAAUUUUAAGUUGGAUCUAAAGCUGUGUUCAGGUUACUACAAGUACAACACAACUGUACAACACAGCUGUACACUAAAUGCCAAUGUGUCUUGGUUAUUAGAUCUAGUUGCAAAAAAUGUUUGUGUGUUUGUUUUUGCCAUCGUCUUCUGCUGUAAAAUGUGGUUGGGAAUUAACCUAGCUCAUUGUUACGUUUAUUCUCCUCGGAGUUGAAUUGAAAGAAAACACUGGCAGUUUUUAAUACAUUUUUACUUGGCGAUCCAUUUUUUUAAAAUUAAAUUCCACCUCUAGACCUACAUUAAAAACUUUUUGGUUCAAUUGAGUUUUAUUCUGGAAAGUAGAGCAUUCCCAGUUGUUUCCUUUUUCUUUUGUCUUGACUUCUAUUCUCCUAGCUCUUGUUCUAUUCUCCUAGCUCUUGUUCUAUUCUCCUGGCUCUUGUUCUAUUCUCCUAGCUCUUGUUCUAUUCUCCUAGCUCUUGUUCUAUUCUCCUAGCUCUUGUUCUAUUCUCCUAGCUCUUGUUCUAUUCUCCUGGCUCUUGUUCUAUUCUCCUAGCUCUUGUUCUAUUCUCCUAGCUCUUGUUCUAUUCUCCUAGCUCUUGUUCUAUUCUCCUGGCUCUUGUAAGUGUUGGGCUAAAUAGUUUGUUGAACCCAAGUCACUCAAUUUUCUGAUGAUUUGAAGAGGAAACAAAUUGGCCAUCUCUUUAUGUGAUCAUUUUUAUUCUUUUAUGUUUGUAACUUUUUUUUUUGUUCCCUUGCCUGUCAUGGAGUCUAGACUUGCCUAGCCGUCCCACACCUGGCCUCUCACUAGUGAUUGCAAAUUAACUCUUUUUUUUUGUUCACAAGGAUCCUAAUGACUUACUUCCAACGAGCCUCUUGCCAUGAAUUUCACUGUGAGGAUGAAAGGCAGCCAAGCGAGUAAUCAGCUCAGUGAGCCAUUUGUCCAAUGUUUGGCCUAAACUACCAAAACGCUUUCAUUUCUCAUUGACUAGCUGUUUGUUCUUGCUUACUGCAAUAUGUUAUCUUCCCUGUUCAGUUGAAUGUUUUUGUUUUAGAAAGAUUCUUGGCCUUUGUAGUGCCACUUUAGUUGUAUUUCUGUAUUGUUUUAUAUAUAGAUAUAUAUAUAUUAUUUUUUUUUGCAAAUGAUAGUUUUCAAUGCUGUUAGAAAAAACAUUUGUUUCGUUUCAUUGAUAAAAAGUAAACCAAAGGAACUAUAUUUUAUUCAGAUUUGUUUGCAUCAAGACUGUUGAAUAGAUUCUUUCAUUACUCUAUUGUCUGGGUAGAAGUGUACACUGAAUUUUUUUAAGACCUGGUACAGCACUAGAUAGCAUUUUGAAAAAAUGACUACAAAUUUUUUUUUUCUAUCUGCAUAAUUUCAUCUUUGUGUGUGAAGCUAAGUCUCUCAUUUUAGUCCAGUGUUGAUACCGACAGUGUUUGAAAUCUUACCACAUGUUCGUGAAGUGUCGACUUGUUCAAGUUUAUUUAAAAUGGUUAACUAGUUUAGGAGUUGAUGUCAUUAGAAAGUGAAAUCUAAGUAGCGAAAUUUUUUUUUGGGGUGAAAGAGUGUAACAAGAGUGUAACAAAAUAGAAAUUUAUUUGUUUAUUUUUUUACUAAUUGUUUUACAUUUCAAAUUCCUUGAUUAGAAAAAAAAAUUGUCAUGAAAUUUUGUUCUCUUUGAUUUCCCCAGGAAUUUGAAAGUUAGGAACUGGUGCCUCUUGUCCAAACGGUUGUGAUUUCAAUUUCCAUCUAGCAUUGAUGUUUCAGCUGUGUCUUAUACUAUGUCAUUGCUCGCUUACUCUUGGUCCUGUUUGGGCUCAUCAAAUGUCAUGGUGUGCUUUACUGUUGACCCAGAUGGAGUCAAUCAAAUGUUGUUGCGUGUUAUGACCUUGACCCAGAUGAGGUCUUUGUGAAUGUUUGUGAGUAAUAAUGAGGAAGUGUAAUGCAUUUUUUUUCCUUGUCUGGUGUCAUGGUGACUGAGCACAUCCCCAAAGACUCUUGUCUAGGUCAAUAUGUUCACUUAAGUUGUCUGGUGUCAUGGUGGCUAAGCCCAUCCCCAAAGACUCUUGUCUAGGUCAAUAUGUUCACUUGUUAAGUUGUCUGGUGUCAUGGUGACUAAGCCCAUCCCCAAAGACUCUUGUCUAGGUCAAUAUGUUCACUUGUUAAGUUGUCUGGUGUCAUGGUGGCUAAGCACAUCCCCAAAGACUCUUGUCUAGGUCAAUAUGUUCACUUAAGUUGUCUGGUGUCAUGGUGACUAAGCACAUCCCCAAAGACUCUUGUCUAGGUCAAUAUGUUCACUUAAGUUGUCUGGUGUCAUGGUGACUAAGCACAUCCCCAAAGACUCUUGUCUAGGUCAAUAUGUUCACUUAAGUUGUCUGGUGUCAUGGUGGCUAAGCACAUCCCCAAAGACUAAGUCAAUAUGUUCACUUGUUAAGUACUCAUCUCCUUUUAAUAAGAGUGGUUCAAAAUUUGUUCACUUGCACACCCCAUGUUCAUUUUAUAAAUUGUAUUUUGUAUAUUGUGUAUACGUUUUUUAGAAGAUGUAUACAGAAAUCGCGACUCCCCUUUUGAGACACUCCCAUCAUUUUUGACAGUCAGGUCCUGCACAACUACUCAGCCAGUGUUUCUCACAGUGCCACUAAUGGAACUUGUUCACAAAAUAUUUUGAAUAGCUGCCUGUUCAUCUGUUAGACACCCUAGACGAAGUCAUCUCAAUGGUCCCAGGCCCCAGAUUCAAACUCCGCCCGCUGCCGUCUCCCCCCCCCCCCCUCCAUCCUGCGGGAAGUUUGGGCUAGGGUGUAAUAAUCUUCAAUUCUGAAUGAACUUCCGAAACUUGUAAAAAGAUCAUAAAUUGUCAUUAGAAAAACUUCUAAAGCUUUUGCUUGUGAACUUGCUUGACUUAGAGGAGAUCUAAUAGCUGUGCUGAAGAGUAGGGGUAGUUGGUUCCCACUUAGGUCAACACUUUGAGAAGCAUUGUCAGAGAACAAAAACAUUCUAGGCGACAGUGAAAUACAUUUUUUUAAUCUGACCAAAUCUUUUUUUUUUCUUUUUUUUUUUUUGUAAAAAGCAUUGCUACUUUCUGGAAAAAUUGAUUAUAUAUAUUUAUAAACAAAUAAUAUAUAUAUAAUUAUAUAUAGAAUUGUUUGUUUACAAAUAGACAUGACACUGGAUCAAUGUCAUGGGAUGUGUGAUAUUAUAUAUAAAUAUAUAUAUUUUUUUGCAAUAAUUUGAUAUAAUAAUACAACUAUUUGGGGUGCAACUGAUGUAGAACAAAAUAAUCUAUGCUGUGUGAAUAUUGUGUUUAAGAUUGGUUGGGGGGGGGGGGUUGGAGUGGUUCCAAGGUGCAAUAAGAGGUCAAUGAGCCAUGGAGGGUUACCUGGACAUGAUGUACACAAUUAAGUUUGGUGUGUGUUUGACUUGAUACUAUGUGUGCAGGGUAUAGUGUGUGUGUGUGUGUGUUGUGUGGCAAUGCAGACCCCCUGACUUUGCAGUGAAGUCAUAUCUUUUGUGUCGGAUAUCUCUUUCUACUGUGUGUCAGAUGUGUCUUUGUCACUGUUUGCAACCAGCUGUAUGUGACACUGUACAGAAUUCGGUGUAUCCGUCUGAAUGCAGAAUCGGGUAUGUCAGACCCUGUAUAAAUGUACAUGGUGACAAGCCACAUGUUCGAAAGGUAGGUCACAUGUCAUGACAGCACCUUUACCUGGUGUGUUUUAAGCAUAGUACAAUAUCUGUUGUCUGACAGUAUCUUGCUUGGUGUGGCCCAGUGUGAAGUAACAAGGGACAAAACUGUUGUACACAAGUUGCUACUUUAUUUAUUUCUGGACAAUGGUAAAGAUACAUUUUGUGUGUGUUUGUCUUCAGCCAUUCAAUCUCACCUGGCUUGCUCAUUCUGUUCUAUACAUGAUCAACUUGUAUGUCUUGCUUUUAUUUUUUUAAAAACAAAUAUUCAUGUGUGAGAAUGAGUUCAUUCCCUUUGGUUUGUGUAAUUUAUGAGUAGUUGAUUGUGCCCCCUUAUUAUUUCAAAGAAAGAUAUUGUCAAAUACUCACAAUACAUUUGUAGAUAGAGACAUUGUGCAACUCUUCUGUUUUUGAAAUUUGUGUUUUUUUUUGUUCAUUUAGUACAUUAGUGGAUUGAGUUGUGGUUCUUGGUAUUGAGAUACUGAUCUCUAGCUGGGGUGGGGAAUAGCAAUGGUGGUACACUAAAAUGUUCAUCUAGAGUCUAGUGAGUGUAUAUAUUUUGUCUAGUUGUUGUUUUUUUUUUUUCUAAGUUGUGUGUGUGGCCCAUUUAUAUUAUAAUCUUAACUCAGGGCCUACUAUCGGUAUAUUUUACAACCAACCCCUGGUCACCACUUCGAAGCAUAAUCUAAUAUGGAAAAAAAAUAGUUUGGUGACUAGAAAUAAUGGAGUAUUAAUAUCAUGCCAUAAUGUGUACUCUCCCCAGCAACACUUGUGUAUGAUCAGUUCAUUCUGAGAUGGGGGAAAAAAGAGAGAGCAUGCUAAACUAAGAAGGGUAAAGGGAGACUACUCUUGAAACACUUUCUUGCAGUUGGAGUCCAGUUACCUUUUUCUUCAGAAUUGUGUUUGCUGGGAGACUAAGGAUGACACUGACAUAUGAAGAUCAAAGUGGUGUUAGCAGCCUAGAGCAUGGACUAGUUUAUGAUACCUGUUUUAAAUUCAUACAAUUUGUCUUCUCUGUCAAACUGCUGCCAGGUGUCAUCUAGACAGUAAGACAUUUCUGCUGCUAGGUGUCAUCUAGACAAUAAGACAUUUCUGCUGCUAGGUGUCUUCUAGACAAUGAAAUUUCUGCUGCUAGGAGUCAUCUAGACAAUGACUUUUCUGCUACUGGUUGUCUUCUAGACAAUGACAUUUCUGCUGCUAGGUCAUUCUCUGUGUAUCGGGUACCAGCAGUCUCAUUGUGCCUCUGAACUCACUUCUCCACAUGAGUGUAAUAUCAAAACUGAUUCAAGGUGUGUUUUAGUGGCUGAGCUUGGCUUGCUGUCAGCUGAAUAAGUUUCAUCUUAUCUUGCCACUGUCAGCUGUCACUAGCUUGUGCCUUCUGUCAAUGAUGGCAUGUCAGUGCUUAACCUAUCUGGUAUUAUGAGUGUUCUUCUUGAAAAGACUUUUGCUAUAUGUCAGUGCACUACAAAAUAGUUUAGUUGUCUUCUUGAGAACAGAAGAACCACUGAAUCGUAGUCCCUAGCAGACCAAAAUUGUGAUUCUUGCUUUCGAGAUUUCAAAAACACUACAUUUCUCUGGAGGGACUUAGGCAGCCAGGUGGCAAAGUGCUUGGCUUCUGAACCAAAGGGUGAAGAGUUCAAAACUCAGUGAAGUGUGCUAUUGAAAUUUAGGAUUUUUAAAUGUCCCUAAUGGACAUUUGACAUGAGUUGGGAACAGUCAUCAUGCAUCCUCACUGACCAGUGCCCUUAUGAUGCUUAAUAAUAUUCCUUCUGGAUACUGACCAGUGCCCUUAUGAUGCUUAAUAAUAUUCCUUCUGGAUACAGCAAAAUAUAAAUUAUGGCUUUUAGAAAUAUAAAAAAUAAAUUAAACAUAUAAAAAGUUUUUGCGUGAAACAAAAAAAUAAUUGAAAAAUUCUGAUAUCAAUUGUUGUGCAACAGGAAAUCUUCCAAAUGUAUGCAGAACUGAUUUUCAGUUUGAAAUAUGACACUGGCUGAGUUGUGUUAUCUGGGCACCUCAAAGCAUCACAGAAACCUUCCCCCACAUGUGCACAAGGUUAGACCAGAGUGAACUGAACAUGCUCUAGUUGUGCUAUAUAAUAAUAGUAAUAAAGGUCCACCAUUUUCAACUAUGUCCUAUUAAGUAUCCAUGGGUGUAGGGAAUGUUGCCAAGGAUACCAGCAUUGAAAUGUUUCUUAACCAAAGUCAGAUUUUGGCAUUCUAAAAUCCCCAGUCAAAUAGUCCAGCCUUGAUUGUGAUUUCAACUAGACCCACUAAGUUUGCCCCCAAAGCACUAUCUCUUUGCCACCUUUCACCAUAGAAAUAGCAAACUUCUCAGGCUAAAACUAAUUUCUCUUAAUGCCCACCAGCAAAUGUCUUUGAUCUAUUCCUUAAUAUUUCUCUGGCACCCCCCCCCCCAAUCAAACAUUUCAUUCAUGAUGUUACUUGUAUCUAACUUAGUAAUGAAUAGUUUAUGCAGGAAUAGGGUGAACUCAGUCGCUGUGUUAAGCAAUAAUCUAUUCCAGUGUUCAUUAUCGUCACACAUGCUCAGAUCUUAGGCUUCUCCUAACCAUGAACAAAUGUGAAGGUUUCAAGACUUGUUUUUGUUUAGAGACAAAGCAGCAGAUAAGUAAUAACACUAUUCCUUCUGCCUGCUCAGCAAUUUACAUUUGUGAAUCCAAGAGUGGAGUAUUUCAAGUCUAAGUCUAGGUAGAGAUACAAUCUAGAGAAAGUGUAUUUCAUAAUUGAAUUGACCUUACAGAAUGUCCUUAUAAAAUGUCCUUAUUUCUGAAAUCUAAGCUUGCCUUUAAUAUCUUUUUUUUAUUCUUCCACGGAUGGACAGAUUUUGUAAUUAGAAAACAAUUUUACAUAAGCAUAUAAAAUUUUUAGUGCAACACCCACCGCAAGACAGAAAAAAAUCUAAUUUAAAGAUCAAAGCUUUAUUUAAAAAAAAAAAAAACUGAAAUAGAAAAGUUCUGCACAGACAGUAGUCUCCUCAAAGUUUCUGGACAUGACAAUGUAAGUCUCACAGUCGAAUGUCUUGAUGUCCAAAAACGAAAUUUCACCCCGGUAACAAAAUACAUUUUUUUUUAGAUGUUUGUUUUGCUCUGCCUUUAUGUUUGUAGACUAUUAUGUGGUUUAAAUAAUAAAUAAGAAUUUGUAUGCUUCCCUUUCAGCUAGACAUAUUUGUUAUGUCCCCUAUCUGACCAUAAGUUACUUUCCUUGCCGAUGUGCUGUAUGGUAACCAAAGAGAGACUAAGACAAAAUUUAUUUUUUUUUCAGUGUAGAAAUCUUUAACCUAUCGACUCCUUGUUUUCAAACCUGCAGACAAUUAAAAUCAGACUACACGUGAGAUUGAAUUUAGAGCAAGUACUAGAUGGUUGCAUUGCAUUCAAUCUUAGAUCCUGUGUGUUGGGAAUGUUUAAUAGUUGCAGAACUGUGUGUGCUGCUUUCAUCUUCUUUGGAUUCCAUUCAACUGUAAUUAGGAUAGGAAGAGGUUUUCAUUUGAAUAGUGACUUGUUCAUUUUAAAUGCUUUCACAAAUGUAACCUCCCCCAACCCCCAGAAAUUUUUUUUUUUAAAGUUUCGUAGAUGGUUCCCCCCCUUUAGUUUUUUGUUUUUGUUUGGAAUACAUUUUUAUUGAUAUCCGAAUUCAACUGCCAUUGGGAAACUAGGGGAGAUCUAUUGAGUGUAAACAAUAAGUUGAAUGAUGUGCCCUAGUAUUAGCUGCAAGUCAGACAGGGCCCAAGCUUGUCAAUGUGUGAAUGGAUUGAAAUAUUCUGGAAACAUUUUGGUCAUGCAUUGUUUUUUUUAAACUUUACCAUUUGAUCAGAUCAAUUAAAUACAUUGAGAAACUU